AACAAUGUGGGAAAGCCAAGGAACCAACAAAAAAAGUAAAAGGGCUGAAAAAGAAGUGUGACAUAAGAGGAUGAAGACAUGUAAAUUUCGACAUAAAACUGGCACAGUGUGAGUUGAAUAUGGAGCUGCUUUGCUGGGGUACAAGGGAGCUUGGCCAGACUGGACAUGGCAGGACAGGGGACAUCAGUCCAGAGGGGGCCCAUCUGACAGAGUUCACCAUAGCCAGGCUGGGCAGUGUGAAGCUGCUGGCAUGUGGAUCCAGUCACUCUGUUGUGGUUACAGUGGAUAACAAGAUCUUUGCAUGGGGAAAUGGCACCAGUGGACAGCUGGGCAAUGGAGAGAGGGCAAUAAAGGAUCAGCCAGUUGAAGUCAAGAUGCCACAGCAACAGAACGUGAGAGGAAGACUUGCACAUGUGGAUAUCGUCCGUAUAAUUGGUGUAGCCUGUGGAAGCAGACACUCCUUCAUAUGGACCGAAGCUGGGCAGGCCUGCGGUUUUGGGAACAACUUUUAUGCCCAGUUAGGCUAUGAUUUCCAGAGGGCUGACUUCAAAGAGCACCAGCUGGCACCGUGUUUGUUCCAGAGUCUUCCAUCAUCUCUGAAAAUAUGUCAAGUGGCCUGCGGAGAGCGACACACUCUGUUUGCGCUGGAGGAUGGCACGGUGGCGGCAUGUGGGCAGAAUGAUUAUGGACAAAUUGGCAGCGGUUCUAAUGAAAAUGUGGUUGUCCCUCGCCUUGUGGAGUGUGUGCACCAUGUGUCGAAGGUCACCUGUGGGGCAAAUCACAACCUUGUUCUUACAGGUGAUGGCAGAUUGUUUCAGUGGGGCUGUGGACGGGCAUGUGGGAACACAAACAGGAACAUCCUGUUCCCAGAGGAGGUGACUCUACCAAGCUUGCCAGUGAGAGACAUCGCUGGAGGUUGUUGGCAUAGCCUGCUUCUAACAGAUGGUGGGAAUGUCUUCUCCUGGGGGAUGGGGCAAGAGGGGCAGCUUGGACUUGGAGAGGACAGGCUGCACAUAUCUGCUCCUUGUCUUGUCAGCUAUUCUCAGCUAACUGAGGUCACACAGAUACAAGCAGCGGACAGCUACAGUGCUGCUGUCACAGCAGGUGGAGAGCUGCUUCUCUGGGGUCAGAUCCCUUGUGUUUCCUGGGUCAGUUAUCACAGAGGCCUCAAAAGACUCUGGACCCCCCAGUCUGUUCCUCUGGCAGGCCGAAAGGUGAUUGAUGUUGCCUGUGGAACGCAACGCAUGAUGGCUCUCACCACAAGGAGCACAGAGAAGAACAGACAAUAUUCUCACCAGGAAACUGAAGCUCACUUCAGAGACCUUGUCAGCAAUCCUGUACCAACGGAGAAAGAAAACACAGUGAAAGACUCGAGCCAGGUUCAACACAAGCUGCUUCAAGGUCUGGAGACACCAGAAGGCACUGAGGAGCAGAAGACAGAUGAAGAAAGUGAGAGUGCAGAGGAAGAGGAAAGACGUGAGCAAAAACCAAACACAGAUGAGCGAGACGUAGCAUUACGCGAUGCAGCAUUUGCCAUAGCCAGGUCUGCAGCGGGGAUGCACUGGACAAGAAAUGGCCACUCAUCAAUCAGAUCCAGCCAGGGGGAUGAUAGGGAGGACUGUAUGACAGCAGGGCCGUGGGAGCUGAGGAAUGGGCCAUUAAUAAGCAGACGAAGCAGCCGUGAUGGAGUCUUCACUACAUUGCAUCUUUUGCCUAGGUCAGAGGGAGGGCGAUGCAGGCCCAGUGCCACCACAUUGCCCCAGCUAUUGACAGGACAACAAGCUCAAAGCAGAGCUUUAGCUGGGGCUCGAAAGGAUAGAUCUGCUAAUCUGUCUCAGUUGGUCCAAAAAUCAGGACGCGACAGCAGCAUUUUGCAUUUUCCCAGGCCCAAACCCAGACCUCCAGAGAGAUGUACAGAUCCUGAGGUUCAGAAGGUAGACUCUUGUCAGCAAUCAGGAAUUAGAGUACACGGUGGCCGUAAGUCUUCGAUUUACAAUUCUUCUCUCAAACUGAGCCCUGCGCAUCAAGCUCAGAUGGCCUCACCUUCCUCCCACCAGGGACCACGAGUCAAAACUUCUUUUUCUCUGACUUCUUCUUCCUCUCAACCUCUCAAUUACUGUCCUACACACGGAAGAAUAGUUUCCUCCUUUGACACUUCUUGGAAGAACCUGUAGGAAUCCACAGAUUUGUUCUGUUCAUCAGUGAAUGUUGUUGAUUUAUUUUUUAUUUCUUUUUGGGAACAUGAAUAUUUUUUACCAAUAGUUGCCUAGAAUGACUGGAUAUGGAAUGAGAACGUGCACUCUGUGGUACUGCCUUUGGGGAGACCACAUACAGAGCUAAAUACUUUCGAUUCCAAGGUUCCUGAUAAACAGCCUCUUGCUCUGUAGGACUUCCCCAAAACAGAGUCCAGAUCAGCAUUAAUGGCCUCCACUUUACUUCACACUGUGAUUUGACAAAUAUGCUCCUUUUCCAAACCAUAUCACUCUACAACACUCAUGAACCUUGACCACCUAUGAUGGCAUUAGGCUUUCGUCUUACAGUCAAAGCUGCGUGAAGGAACUGCAGAGUCACUGAAUCACUACAUUUCAACAGAGCUUGAAAGGGUUUCCACCUUACAUAUACAGAGCCCAGUUUUUUUUUUAAGACUUACAGUAUGUUGUUUAUUAAAAACAUGACGCCCUCUCAGAUCUUGGCCUCUUGUAAGACAUUUCACAGUGGAGCAUUUUCAUGGCUGCCCGUCUCUUCACUAUGAGUCACAUGUGCACGCUACUAGGGCUCUUUUGAGUGUGAGGAAAUUGAUUUGUUGCAGAGAUAAUACUAUAUGAUGAGGUUUUGCAACAUAAAUAGGAUCAUCACAGGAAACAAGGCUUCCUUUGAAUCUGGUUUUCUCUUUGUCUUUGCCGUUUUGUGUUCCUGUUUCCUAGAGUGGUCCUUCAUUAGCCUUGUGCUAUAUGCAAAUUGGUUUUGUUUUGUUCUGUUCUGUUUUUUUCUGGGGGGGAAUUUGCACAAUGUGGAUCACCACCACAGAAUUCCUUUUUUUUGGCUUUUAUUUAUAAUAAGUGUGCCAUGCAAAUCUUUUUCUAUCAUCUACAUUUAACGAAAAGGACAUUUUUACACAGAGCAACAUGUUAGCAGUGUUGGGUUAGACACAUACUCAAAAAUGUAGUGAUAAAGCAUUAAAAUGAUUUCUGAGUAAUAUUGAAAUUGAUUUAUUGCAUGAAAAGUUAAUAGAUUAUCAUUGUAAGCACUGAUUUGACGUUUUAUAUUUAAUUAUGAAUCAUGGUGUAAAGUUACUGUAAGUUAUACUGAAAUACCAAACAGUUAUAUUAUUAUUCCUGUUUUGCUUUUGUCACAAUAGUAAGCAUUUCAGUCAGACAAAGAAUACAUAUGGACAACCAAGCAAUUUAUUACCUUGAAAAGGUUUGCUAUAUUUACUAUUCUAAUGUUGUUUUUGUGAUGCUAAGCAAAGCUAUCUAAAGGGAUACUGAAUCACAGCUCAAAGACAUUGACAAGUAAAACAAUAAAAGUGCUUUUGAAUUGA